CAUUCGCAACUUCGGUGGACUAGCUUCGGCGUGCCUUGCCUUCGCUGGCUUCGCCUACUAGCUCUAGGACUGAAGCUGUGAAGCAGCGGUCUACAAAAUGACAGGCCGGCUUCCAGCGAUCGUCAUUGAUAACGGCACAGGUUAUACAAAGCUCGGAUUUGCUGGAAAUAAAGAGCCGCAAUUUAUUAUACCAUCUGCAAUAGCGAUACGAGAGAGUGCUAAAAUUGGAGACCAAGCUACUAGAAGGUUAGCGAAAGGCAUUGAUGAUUUGGAUUUCUUCAUUGGUGAUGAGGCCUUGGAUGCUGCUGGCUAUGCUGUAAAGUACCCAAUUCGUCAUGGCAUUGUGGAAGACUGGGACUUGAUGGAGCGCUUCUGGGAGCAAUCUAUAUUCAAGUACCUAAGAGCUGAGCCUGAGGACCAUUACUUUUUAUUAACGGAGCCACCACUAAACACUCCGGAGAAUAGGGAGUAUACAGCAGAGAUAAUGUUCGAGUCCUUUAAUGUGCCUGGACUCUACAUAGCUGUCCAGGCUGUCUUGGCUUUGGCUGCUUCCUGGACAUCUCGUCAAAUGGGAGAACGCACCCUGACUGGCCUCGUGAUUGAUUCUGGUGAUGGUGUCACUCACUGUAUUCCUGUGGCAGAGGGUUAUGUUAUUGGCAGCUGCAUCAAGCAUAUUCCCAUAGCUGGACGCAAUGUGACCUACUUCAUUCAAAACCUUCUGCGUGAACGGGAGGUAGGCAUUCCACCAGAGCAGUCUUUGGAGACUGCAAAGGCCAUCAAGGAGAAGUUGUGCUACAUUUGUCCAGACAUUGCCAAGGAAUUUUCUAGAUAUGACCAGGAGCCGAGCAAGUGGAUCAAGAAGUAUGAAGGCAUGAAUGCAAUCACCAAGCAGAAGUUUAGUGUUGAUGUGGGUUACGAGCGAUUUCUGGGACCUGAAAUCUUCUUCCAUCCUGAGUUCUCAAAUCCCGACUUCACUACACCUAUUUCUGAGAUUGUUGACACAUGUGUGCAAAGUUGUCCCAUAGAUGUGCGACGCCCACUAUAUAAGAAUAUUGUCUUGUCUGGUGGCUCCACAAUGUUUAAAGAUUUUGGCCGCCGACUACAGCGAGACUUGAAACGUGUAGUUGAUGCACGCCUAAAGUUCAGUGAAAAAUUAAGUGGAGGACGCAUCACGCCUAAGCCGAUGGAAGUGCAAGUGAUUUCACACCACAUGCAGAGAUAUGCUGUCUGGUUUGGUGGCAGCAUGUUGGCAUCUACGCCGGAGUUUUACCAGGUGUGCCAUACCAAAAAGGCCUAUGAAGAGUGUGGACCAAGCAUCUGCCGUCACAACCCAGUGUUUGGUGCCAUGACAUAGGGCUCAAUUGCAGGUUUCAUUCCCCUCGCUCCUUUCAUAUUUGACAUGAGGCUCUGCAUCAUUAGACAACUUGACAAUUCAUGACUGAAUGCGAACCUUCUCUGUCAUUUUUUUAAUAUCCCCUUAUGUUGCUUUGAAAUGAGUUAUGCUGUAUUCAACUAUCUUAACAGUUGAUCAGUAGUUGGACACUUGAUACUGCAGUGAAGGCUGUAUUUAUAUUUUUACCCAUACAGUAUAAGUUCACUUAUAGCCUAUUUAGGUGUCUUUUGAUGAUUAUAUAAAAGAAUGAAAUACAGUACAUUUUUCUUAUUGGGCAUGUCACAAUCAGUGUGAUUUAUAAGUGUUUUUCACUUUUGGCCUAUUUAAGUAUCUUUGAUGAUUAUAUUAGAGAAUGAAAUACAGUUCAUCUUUGUAAUAAUUGUACAAGUCACAGUUAGUGUGAUUUAUAAUAGUUUUUUUUUUGCUGCUCACUAAUAAGUACUGGUUAAUUGCUAUUUGCAUAUUUAUGCUAUUCCCCCCUCCCCCUGUUAGCACUAUUUUUUAAAAUCACAAUGUAAAGAAAUUGUACAUUUUAUUUUUUCAAAGUAUCACAUUAAAGUUGUUGAAUAUGGCUUAUAUUGGAAUUUGUCUGAAUUAAGUGAAAGGCACAAUUCAGAGGUAGCAUGCCAAUACACGUUUUUUGAACAGCAAGAGCACUAUGCAAACAUAAGCAAGAUGCACUACAUUACCAGAACCUGGCCAAAACUAAGUGAAACUCUUGUCAACUUGUGACCAAUAUGCUGUUUUCAAUAGAUAUUCAAAACACUACAAACACUCGGGCCUGUAUUCACAAACGCUCCUUGACUCGAAACUCGACCUCAAGGGAUCCUUGAGGAUGGUUUUGCAAUGCGAUUUCUUCAACACAAAAUGUCUGGAGGGUCCCUUGAGGGCGAGUUUCGAGUCGAGGAACGUUCUUGAAUACAGGCCUCAGUGUUGAUAUGUUCCAGAACUUGAGGUGUACAGAUGCAUAAAUUCUUUUUCUAUUUUCGUGCUUGCUGUCUUUUUUUUUUUUAAUCACUGUAGCUUGCACUGGAAGCACACUGCUAAAGAGGCAGCAAAGCUGAUAGGCACGUGGGUAGUCCUAGCUGCAACUGUUUUGCCAAGUUUUGCCAAUUUUCUAUUUCCUUUUCUUUCUUUUUCUCUCUUCUCCCUCUUUUUGAUGCUUCUUUGCCUAUGUUUAUUUGUGUUUUUGCUUUCUUUCUUCCUUUCUCUCUCUCAUUAUCUAUUAUUUUUCAUUAAGGUAGUGUAAAAAAAAAAGAGCCCUCAAUAUUCCCUUCCUUCAUUCUCUCCUCUUUCAUUCUCUCUCUCCUUCUUUGUCUAACAUUCUAUUUCUCUCUGUGUAUUCACUGUCUUACCCAUCAUAGUUAUUGAAUUCUGCACUGGAGCAAUCAGUAUGCUUGUUCUGACAACAUAGCAGAAAAUGAAGAGGAUGAGAGAGCGUGCUGUUCUUGUGGGACAGGUGCAGCAUAGCUGUGACAUUAACAGUUGCUAAGCAACGCAAGGCUCUCUGAGGGGUUUGUAGGCUUGUGCAAAUAGUAAAUUUCACGUUCGAAGCGAAUUCGAAUAGUAUAUAUCACAUAAUAUAAAGAAAAAUGAGCACAUUUGUCGUGACCCAAUUAACCUGUACAUUAUAUAUAUUUUUAAUUGAGACAAAGCAUGUACAAAUUAAUUAUUCAAAAAAAGUGUAAUCAACAUUGAAUAGUAGCAGGAUUUCACUUUAAAUGGAAUGAAAGAGAGAACCUGUAAAAUAUGGUAUGUUUUAAAAUUUACUAUACUGAAAGCAUAAAAGCUGAUAUAACAGUCUUUUUUAAACUUAAAAAAUGAUGAAUGGAUAUGAGAUAUAUUCGGGGUGCUCAACCAUUUGCACAAGCCUAGUUAAAUGUACUCUCCAAAGUUUUUACAGCCGCCUCGAACAGCUUUUCUGUUGAAAACUUUCCAUUCUCGUUCAUGAUAGUAAGGAAAGCAAUUAUGUCACACUGGGCAUCGCCAAAGCCUUUCAAUGCAUGAAGGACCCUGUUGUUACAAAGGCCAAGCAACUGCAUUUUUUAAACAGUUGCUUUCAAUGUCUUGCAAUAAAAUUGGCCUGGACUUCAUCAAUCUAUGGCACUUAGCAAUUGCACCCUUUUGCAAACUUAAAACUGAUAUGGAUUCCCUGCAUUAAAGGUAUCUAUUAUGUUCAAACUUGACCCUGUUCUGGGUUGAAGGUUAGUUGGUCUAUUUUUGUUGAUUACAGUUACAUUCACCACAACACAUUAUAAAGCAUGCGUCUCUGCGACCCGAGCAAUUCUGUAAAGAGUGCACAAAUAUCUGGUCUUAUGUAAAAUAAAGAUUUUUGUACACAU